CCUAACUUCACCUAGGGGUGUCUGAGACCCACUACAGUCGUGACCCUCGAGAACAAAGGCACGUCUGGUCUUGUUGUAUCUGUAGUCACUGGUACGGUUCUACUAGGUUCUACUGAUGUCGCAACGAUUCAAUCUAACCUCCGAAAAAAACUAGCAGCGUCCUACUCGAAGUAACUGUCAGUUCACGGUACGUCAUCGCAAAAAGAUUCGAGUAAGGUUAUUUCGUACAUAAUCGACUUGUAUUAGUUCGUCAACCGAUUAGCGAAUCCACGUCUACGACACAUGGCUAGCAGAUCGUUGUUAGAUGGUAAAUCAUAAAAACUUAAGUACGUCGAAGCCAAGGAUAAGAAUAGUGUCUCAAUCGAAGAAUUGGAACGGUAUUCGCCACGGCUUUCACAGAGAUGGUUGGAUUGGCGGGCGGGGGAGGUCAUCUGUAUCCCUCGCCCCCAAUGCAACCUAAUCCAGAAUUGAGAGAAAUGACAGGAAUCGCUCCUAGUGCCCCGACUAGUGCAGAUGCAUGUUUAAGUAUAGUACAUUCGCUCAUGUGCCACCGUCAGGGUGGUGAAAGUGAAGGAUUCAGCAAACGUGCCAUUGAAUCUUUGGUGAAAAAACUUAAAGAAAAGAGAGAUGAAUUAGAUAGCUUGAUAACAGCUAUUACUACAAAUGGAGCACAUCCCAGUAAAUGUGUUACAAUACAGAGAACUCUUGAUGGUAGGCUACAAGUUGCUGGUCGUAAAGGUUUUCCACAUGUUAUUUAUGCACGAAUUUGGAGAUGGCCAGAUUUACACAAGAAUGAAUUAAAACACGUCAAAUACUGCCAGUUUGCUUUUGACUUAAAAUGUGAUUCUGUAUGUGUAAAUCCGUAUCACUAUGAGAGAGUUGUAUCUCCUGGCAUAGACCCGUUCUUUACAGACCUAUCUGGGCUGACUCUACAGUCGGGAGUAGGCGUGGGACCAGGUAGAUUGGUCAAAGAUGAGUACUCGGUUGGCGGUGGUGGAAGUGCAGCGGCCGGUGCAGUAGGAACUGCAAUGGAUGUUGAUGGAGAAAUGAACCAAACUAUUCAACAUCAUCCACCUGCUCAACCUACAUCAUCCAAUAACACUCAACCCUCUCAACAGAGUUUUAUACCAGGCUUAGCUCCGCCUAAUCCAACUAGUGGUGAGGGUGUGUUUGGCAGUAAUGGGGGAGGGAAUAAUAAUGGUAACCCACACAAUAAAUUGGAUGAGAAUAAUUGCCCCAGGCAAACCUGGAUUCCUACACCUCAUCAUCCUACAACGCGUAACAUUCAUCAUCUAGUACAUCCAAUGAGUCACACCGUAGGUAGCCAACAGCAGUCAUUGAGUUCAUCUGGUGGAGGUAAUGGUGCACAAAUGCUGAGUCCUUCCCAGGGACAAUCUACUGAAACAUUUUAUGGAACAAAUACUCCUCCUCAAGACCUUAACCAACCAUCUACUGUUGAUGCAUUAACAGCAUCCUUAGGAGAAGGUCAAAGUUCUCCUGUAUCACCUGUACACCUUCAUCAUCCAAAUGGAUUUCCAGUGGGUACAGCUUCUUACAAUUCAGGUGCUCCGCAGUGGACUGGAGCUAAUACUCUUACAUAUACACAAAGCAUGCAACCUCCGGAUCAUAGGCAUCUUCAUCCUACCUCUUUCUGGGGUGGUCAUGGAGGUGAAGUAGGUGGAAACAUUGGUGGUUUACUUUCUACGCAACCAGCGCCAGAAUAUUGGUGUUCUGUUGGCUAUUUUGAGUUAGACACUCAAGUAGGAGAAACAUUUAAAGUAAGCAGCGGUUGUCCUACCGUAACAGUCGAUGGAUAUGUCGAUCCAAGCGGUGGUAACAGGUUUUGUUUAGGCGCAUUGAGUAAUGUACACAGAACAGAACAAAGUGAAAAGGCGCGACUUCACAUAGGAAAAGGAGUUGUGUUAGAUUUAAGAGGCGAAGGAGACGUUUGGUUAAGAUGCCAAAGUGAACAUAGUGUCUUUGUACAGUCUUACUAUUUAGACCGAGAAGCAGGUCGUGCACCCGGUGAUGCCGUACAUAAAAUUUAUCCUUCUGCGUAUAUUAAGGUCUUUGAUUUACGACAGUGUCACAAACAAAUGAGAGGACAAGCUGCUACUGCUCAAGCUGCAGCUGCGGCACAAGCUGCUGCUGUAGCGGGACAUUUGACGCAUGGAGCACCAAUUACUAAAAGUCUUAGCGCAGCAGCAGGGAUAGGCGUAGAUGAUCUCCGACGACUUUGUAUUUUACGUUUAAGUUUUGUGAAAGGCUGGGGUCCCGACUAUCCCCGUCAAAGUAUAAAAGAAACUCCAUGUUGGAUAGAGGUUCACUUGCACAGAGCUCUUCAGUUACUGGAUGAAGUUUUACAUACUAUGCCAAUAGAUGGUCCCCGCGGAAUUGAAUAAUUUUAUUUUAUUUUGAAUAAUACAAAUGUUACAAAAAAGACAUCACAUUGCUACAAAUUCUACAUCAAGUGUGCAAAAUAUAUAAAAUGCAUACAUAUACGAUAUAAAAAUGUUAAAAACAAUGCGAAUACGAAGUUCAAAAGAAUACAUAGAGUUAUAUUAACCGCGAUUUUCGCUGAAAUUUUUUAUAUAUUUUACACACAUGAUUUACGCGUAGAAUAAAAUGUGUGCCACGGCCUUGCAUUACCGUCAACGUACAAACGUCAUGCAAAGGAGAUAUUAUUUUUGUUCAUGAAAAAUUAUAUUUUAAGAAGAAGGAAUCGUAUCUACAAAAAACAUGCGAAGGUAGGAUGAAAGACUUAUAUUUUAAUAGGCAGCAAAGAUCUGAUUCAAAGGAAAAAAUACAGUUUUCAUGACAUGGUUUAGCGAGCUCAGCAAAAUGCAUGGGUAAAACGUGAUACUUUCGGAAACAUUAAUAGUCAUAAUCUCGUUUUUUGAGAUUAGCUUUGUAAGAUAGCUUAACUGAGAUACAUCCUACUUAAAGAACGAUAAAAUACAAUGUUUAUGUUGAGUAUAACAAGUGAACAAAUGGGUUAUAUGUGUGCAUAGUAGGAAGGUUUUCUGAUGAUGCAAUACAUUUCAAAAUACUGUCAGUAAACAAUUAGUAUAUGUAAGUAUUAUUAAAAAUAUUGUAUAAGUUAUUCUAUGAAUCUAUAGUAUCAGAGAGGUAAUGAUAAUAUACAGUCAGAAAAAAGGAGUAAUGAAAGAUGUUUACAUAGUUGAACAUUAAGGGAGCAAUUGAAUAGUUAAAAAGAAACAUUAGUUGUACUGACAGUAAUUUGGUAUUGUACUGUUAGAGUAACCUUUUGUGUUGAUUGUUUUAUACUUUACAACCAAAAAUCAUUACAUACUUGCAAUAUUGGGUUCAUAAUGAUAUUUCAUACUUGUUCUUUUUUAUCUUUUUUUUUCUCGUAAGAACAUGAAUUAAUUCUGUAGUUAGUAUUAUUAUAAUUAUUAAUAUAGUUGUUAGCGGUGAGACAAAUAUGAAAUCCUUUAAAACGUGGUACGAUCUUGUACUUUGAAAAGUCCAGCAAGAACUGAUCAUGUUUUAUGUGAAUUUUAACUCGCUUGUCUCUCCGAUAAUCAACUACCAAUGUUACUACUAUUACCAUGUAGUACUUGUUGAAUAAUUAUACUUACUGUUUAUCAACCAUUUUAUUAUUCUAUAUUCGUACAAAAUAUUCUUAUAUAUAUGCUAUAUUUGAUAAUACCAUACAGAGAAAAAGUUGACCAAAUUUUAUACCUACCCAUAUAUAUACAUACAUAUAUAUCUAUGCAUAUGUAUAUGUACGCAUACCAUCAUUAUGUUAUCUUUAUUUACUUUUAGAUAAAGUGAAAAGUUUACUGCUUGUUUUUAUUAAUUGAUGCAAAUUAUAGUAUUCUGAAUUUUUGCUUCUUUGUUAUCCUUAAGUAGAGAUUAUUUAGCUGUUUGUGUUCAUGUUGUCCUUGCAUUUCUUACAUUGCACUUAAUCAAGAUCAGUCUCAUUGAUACAAAUGCGAGUAGGAUUUUGUACAUAUAAGCAUAUAUUAUGAGAGAAAAAAAAUGAGUUAUUCUUGAUUAAGUGAGCGUUCAGUUAUUUUGAGAUGCUUUAUUCUCAUUAUGUAAAGUUAUGUAAUAUGUUGAGUGGCAGAAACAAGAUUGAAAAGAAGGAAAUUAAUGUAAUAACAUCGUUUAAGAUACAAUUUAAAAGAGAGAGUGAGAGAGAGAUUGAAAGUUGAUAAAAGAAAGAAAUAAGUUGUACAAUAACAGAAGGAUGUAGAUUUGUUAAUGAAUAACAAAAUGGAGAAUAAUGUUAUUCGCUAAAUCUUUGCAAAGUCUGUAUUUUAUUGAUAAAAUACAUGAUAGAUUGUUUUUAACAUUUUUUUUUGUCCAUACCAAACAAAAGAUGCAGAGCUCAAAUAAAAAGGAAAAGUCGUGUUUAAGCACACUUACCGCCAAGUUCGCUUUAGAAAUAUAUGUGCCAUCAUUUUCAUACAUACCAUACAUGAAAUAACAAACGGGAAUAAGAACUUUUAUAAAUCCUAUAUUUUUACCAAGCUGAUAAAAUACGAAUGCAACACAUGUUUAAAUUGUGGUGCUUCAGUACGUCCUACAUCCAUAGAUUUUACAAAGUUCAAAGACAAAUUUUGUAUAUCUACAAUUAAGCUGAAUUAAUCUUAUGUGAUAAUAUAAGAUGCACUGUAAAAACUGGUACAUUUGAAAUCAAUUGUAGCAUUCACAAAUAGGGUAUAAGAUAAGUAAAAAUAGGCGUAUGAAAUAGAA